AACCGCCGAUACAAUGCUCAGGUAAUCUUGGUGGACAUUUGGACCUUUGUUGUGGACCUGACUUGGCCUCUCCUCUUAUCGCCUGUUGCACCAGUUACGUUACGUAGCAUCCCCCACCUCGAGCACCAUGUCGUUCCGGCCGCUGAUCGAGGGCGACUGCGGCGGCGUGAAUCCGUUGAUGCAGCUGGGCGGCCAGUUCACCCGCGAUGUUGCCCACAAGGAUGAGGGCUAUGUGCAGCGGCAGUUCGAGCGGGGCGCUCGUCCCGAGGACCAGUUGAUCAACGAGUUCCUGGGCCAGGUGGCUGCCCCACCGCAGUCCUUUCAAAUGGACACAUUGCUCCAGGAGAUGCGGGAUAUAAACAUCUACGGAAAUCCACAACAGCAGAUGCACCAGCAGCAGGCAGAGCAGUGGGGCCAGGACUUUGCACGCGGUCUAGCGCCUGCACUGCCCAACAAGAUGAUCCACAUGCAGGCGCAACAGCAGGACCUACAGCACGCCCAGGAGUUUUUCGACGAGCCUUUGAUCAGCAGCCAGAACUUCCGACCGUUGCAUCGACAUCCGCUGAUGGCCAUUACGGCCGGACAGCAGCAGCAGGACCCCUUCUUCGACUCGGCCAUGGAGACCAUCGUCACAGACAACCUCCCCCAGGCGCCGCAGGGCGAGUCGCUGGAAGAUUGGAUUAGCGAUUAUCAGCGCAGUGCCGAGCAGAAGGAGCAGACUGCCUCCAACUUCAACGAGAAGUUCUGGCAGCGGUUGCAGGACGAGUGGCAGAAGCUGGCCGAUGAGAACGAGCAUCCGUGGCUAUCGGAAUACAAUGACAACAUGGACGCCUACAAGGAGUACGAGUUCGCCGAGGAGAACCCCAUGUCCGAGCUGGAGAACGCGUUCGAGAAGGGUAAGGAGUAUCUAGCCAAGGGCGACAUACCCAGCGCCGUUCUCUGUUUCGAGGUGGCGGCCAAGAAACAGCCAGAGCGCGCUGAGGUCUGGCAGCUGCUGGGCAGUUCGCAGGCGGAGAACGAAAUGGAUCCUCAGGCCAUAGCGGCUCUAAAGCGGGCCUACGACCUGCAGCCGGACAACCAGCAGGUCCUGAUGGCCCUGGCCGUCUGCUACACCAACGAGGGUCUACAGAACAACGCCGUGCGUAUGCUGUGCAGCUGGCUUGCAGUGCAUCCCAAGUACCAGCACCUGGUCGCCGCCUAUCCGGAGCUGCUGAACGAGGGCACUUCGCUGGCCUCGUCGCUGAUUGGUCCAAGUAAGCUGCGCGAUCUCCAACAGAUCUACUUGGAGGCGGUACGUCAGCAUCCGGCGGAGGUGGAUGCCGAGGUUCAGGAGGCGCUCGGCGUGCUAUACAAUCUCUCCGGGGAGUUUGAUAAGGCGGUGGACUGCUACCAGUCCGCAUUGCAGGUGGAUCCGCAGAAUGCCAAAACAUGGAACCGUUUGGGCGCCAGCUUGGCCAACGGUUCGCGUUCCGUGGAAGCGGUGGAGGCCUAUCAGCGUGCGCUACAGCUCCAACCGGGCUUCAUCCGGGUGCGCUACAACGUGGGAGUGUGUUGCAUGAACCUUAAGGCCUACAAGGAAGCUGUGGAGCAUCUGCUAACGGCGCUCACCAUGCAGGCUCACACUAACGCCGCCCGGGAGUUGCCCAAUGCGGCGAUGGCGGCCACCAGCGGUGGUCAGAACCAAAUGUCCGAGUCCAUUUGGAGCACAGUUAAGAUGGUCAUCUCGCUGAUGGGUCGCAGCGAUCUCCAAGGCCACGUGAGUGAUCGCAAUCUGGCGGCCCUUAACGAGGCCUUCAAGGACUAACCAACCAUCAGCUUCUUUCUUUCGGAAAACCCUUUGUUGUUCUUAUAUAUAUUUUUCUAUGGUUUAAUCUGUAAGCAAUUUAAUAUUUCUGUGGUAUCUAAGCAUAAAAUUGAGAUAUGUUUCAGUUCGGUAUUGUAAUGAAACCAUUCCUUUUCGAUUCUUUGUUGUCUGUAUAUUUUUCUAUGUCCUUAUCGUUAAGCAAUAAAAUUACUGUUGAAGAAA